UUUACAGCUCACCAUUCCCUCCAAGGAGCUCAAUGCGCCACCUAUAUGGCUCUCUUUCCUCCUCAGUAAAUCCCCACAACAACCCUGCAAGGUAGAUUAGGCUUGGCUCCCAAGGUCACCCAGCGAGCUCCAUGGCCGAGCAGGGAUUUGAACCCUGGUCUCGCGGGUCCUAGCCGAACGUUCCAACCCCUGUGCCGCGCUGGCUUUUGCAUUAGCCAGCAUCCGCCUAGGCUGAUUCUUCCUGGGAUGUGUACCCACCCUCCCCCGCAGCCGCAAGAGAAGCCUUGCCCCUAGGUAAGGGUUAGCGUGCCUGGAUUGGGACCUCUCUGCUGCCCACUAUGGCUGCCAUGCUGCCCUGGCGCCGGAGCAAGUUUGUCCUGGUGGAGGAGAAUGAGGGCAAAGCGAAGAGCAAGAGUUUGGGUCCCGGCUUGAGCUACAGCUCUUUGCUCUCCAACUUUGUCCGCUCCUGCCCGGACCUGUGGCCCGAGUGCCCCCUGGAGCGGCUGGGCAGCGUCUUUCGCAGCAAGCGCCAGAAAGUAGAGCUGAACAAGGAAGACCCCACCUACACCGCCUGGUACCUGGGCAACGCCGUCACCCUGCAGGCAAAAGGCGAGGGCUGCACCGAAGAGGCGGUGGAGAAGAUCUGGGCCAAGAGCGAGUUCGGGAGCCGCAGCACCAAGAUGAAGUUGACCCUCGGCCCCCACGGCAUCCGCAUGAGCCCCUGCGAGAAAGGUCUCUGGCGGCCCAGCCAUGCCUACCUGCUGCACCGCAUCACCUACUGCGUGGCCGACGGGCGGCACCCCAAGGUCUUCGCCUGGGUCUACCGGCACCAGGUCAAGAACAAAGCAGUGGUCUUGCGGUGCCACGCCGUCCUGCUCUCCAAGGCCGAGAAGGCCCACGCCAUGGCACUUUUGCUCUACCAGACGUCCCACUCAGCCUUCAACGAGUUCAAGCGGCUCAAGAGGCAAAACGACUCGCGCCACAUCCAGCAGCAGCUCCUGGGCGAAGCCAUCAUCCCCCUCGUGCCCCUUCGCAAACUUCUCAACUGCAAAUGCCCCUACAGGCCUCCGGCGGACAGGGGACGCAGCGCCCCCAGGCUGAGCGCCAUCCAGGAGGAGGAGGAGGAAGAGGAGGAAGCGGACAGGGAGGAAGGGGCCUUGGGUGCCCCUUGCGGCUGCGCAGCCAGCUCUGCAAAUGGCAGGACUGGCACCGACCGAAGUAGCUGCGCCAGCACUGGCGCUGCCACCGGCACUAUAGGCGUCCGACUGUCCAUUCGCACCACCUUGGCCGUCGGUACGCCUGAUGGCACGGUCCUCGGCCACAACUCUGACACCACUCGGGGUCGCAAGACGGUCAAAAGCAGGGAGAGGCCCGAGGUGCUGACUUUAGCCCACGAGCUGAGGAUCUGCACUUUGAGGGGGCCCCUCCACCGGGAGGACUUGCCAUCCUGGAAGCUCCCCAAAGAGUCGUCUUGCUUGCCUUGUUAAGGAUCCUGCGGGCAUGGGUUUUAUUUCGCAGACUCUCCUCCUCGGUGAUGGAUUUGAGGGAGUGGGCGUCGGGAACAUGUUGUUUCCUCUGCUGCUAUGUUCCCUCGUUGGGCUGCACUCGGUACAUUCAAGGUUGCACAUGGCAGAAUGGUUAGUCCUUGCCAGGGGAUGAACAUUGUUGAUGUGCCGAUUCUACCUAACUGAUGUCUUGUGGCCCGGUUUUCAUUUUGACCAAACCGACCCAUCUGUUCCAGCCAUUUUUAUUCUUCUGCGGACCCUCUGAGACUUCUCGCUCCCUGCUCAACCUCUGCCAACCUGUUGAACGACUGCCGGACACCCAGCUACCCUCCUCUGGGAUCAGGGUGGUUUGAUGGUUCUUACGCAUAGAAGUGAGGUUGUGCAGGCUACAGCAGCUUUUAAUACUUGUUCGAAGUGGCAAAGGGGGAAAAUGUCUCAAGCUGGGCAGGGGGAGCAAAAUCUGUCCGUCUAUGUACGCCUCAGCAUAGAGAUUUAUAUGUAAAGAGUGCUCACCCUUUGGAUUUGUACAUGUUUUUGCAUGCUUCCUUCCUCCCCACCCCUGGUGAGGGGUAUGUGUGACAUCCUACUGGGCAUCUGAUUUUGGGAACCUGUAUUGGGUUAGGAGGCCAAAUGAGGAACACUUUUGGAAGCAAUCACUCCCCCUCUAACCAACUAAUAUUGGAGCUGUAGGAGUGGAAGGGAGGUUUAAACUUGGGUUUCCAAUUCCAUUGCAUUUCUUUUUCACUAGCCUUCUGGGGUCAGGGUACUACUCUGUCGCCAAAAUAUCCAAUUUUGUGUGUCCAGAAAACCCAGCUUCUCUCCUUUGAGUAAGGGCCCUACCCAAUUAGGUUCCCCACAUUUUUGAAGAGGUAAAUUGAGCAGUGUGUGUGUGUGUG